CCCGUUUGGUUUCUUGAAUCAGUUACCUUUUUAUGGGUGAAGAUUGUGAGCGGUCAUCAGUGAAUAACAAUAAAUCGAGAAUUUCAGCACCGGAUUCGAGAAACUUGGAGAUGACGGAAAAUAACCAGCUGCACGAUAACGGAGUGUUCUUGCCGAACGGAGAUUGGACUAAUGGACUGUCAUCACUGCCGGAAAACAACCCUUUUGAGUUUCCGCAGACGGAAAGCAAUUCUUACCACGUUGGAUUUGAUGGCAGUCAAAAUCUUGCUAUGAGGAAUACGAAUGGCCAAGUGAACGUGAACGCCGGCGGAGGUGGCGGAAACAUUUAUAGGCUCCCUUCAUUGCCGGAAAACCUCUCUUUUCAGGUUUCGCAGCUAGAAAAUAACACUUACUAUCCUGGUGUUGACAGUCGUCAAAGUCUUGCAAUGAUGAACACUGGCGGUGACCAGGUGAACUCUGCCGCCGCCGGCCAAAUUUACGGGCUGCCCUCACUGCCAGGAAACAACCCACUUCAGGUUCCGCCACAGGAAAUUAGUACUUACAAUCCUGUUGAUGGCCGUCAAACUCUUGGAAUGAUGAAUACUAAUGGCCGAAAUGUGAACCCUAGUAAUGUGGACCCGUUCUACGAUUUUCCACUCGAGUCCCAAUUCAGUCGCCUCACUAUGUCAACUAAUCCAUCCAUCUUCACGCUACCAUCAUCUUACGGCCGCGGUACUGCUGUUGGUGGCGGCGGUAGCCGUGGUCGGAUUGUUCCGAACAAUUUAACUCUUGGAAUGGGUGCGUAUUCACAAUCACAGUUAUCUUACGGAGAUCUUCUACAGAGAAUGAGAAUUCAAUCUGCUGCCAGAGGACAGAAUAUGGACCUCUACACGCAGCCCAGAAAUUAUUCAAGUUUCGACGAUGGCAUAAAUGAAAUUGCUUCACAAUUUGGUUUGAAUUCAAUUGCACUUUCCAACUAUGAUCGAAGUUUCACUGGAGAAUCAAUUAGGUAUCCAACACGGCCUCGUCGAAUUGGAUCACUUCUGCCCUCUGAAUACGGAAGCCAGACGAGUUCGAACAGAAAUGGGCAGAGGCUUGACACCAAUGGAUCAAUUGAAACUAAUAACUAUAGUUCCCUCUUAACAUCUCGACUCCGGCCAAGCUUCUCGUCGUUGGAGGAUUUGAGGGGUAACAUAUUAUCUGCGGCAAAGGAACAACAAGGAUGCAGGUUCUUGCAAAUGAUUAUCGAAGAGGGAAAACAGGAUCAUAUCCAAAUGAUUUUCUCUGAAGUGAAGGAUCAUGUUUCUGAGUUGAUGAUAAAUCAAUUCGGAAGUUGUUUGAUUCAGAAGUUGUUCGAGGUCUGCAGUCAAGAACAAAUGGAUGAGUUACUCAUAUUGGUUAUGCAAGAUGAAAGGACUCAUAUGGCCAUUUGUGUUAACAUAUAUGGAACUAGGGCCAUGCAGAAAUUACUGGAGCAUCUUAAAACCGGAGAACAGAAGUCUACAGCUAUAUCUUGUAUAGCGCGGAUUACUGUUCCAUUGACAAAAAGCUUGAGCGGACAUCAUGUUAUUCAGCACGUCUUGAAAUUUUUUUCCGCCGAAGAUAAUAAGCAUAUACUGAAUGCGGUAGCGGAUAAUUGCGCCGAGAUAGCAACCGACAAAAGUGGUUGUUGUGUUAUACAACAAUGCGUAGCACAUGCUCGAGGAGAGUCCCGGGAUCGACUUUUACAAGAAAUAAUCAUAAAUGCAUCAGAUUUAUCUGUACAUCCCUAUGGGAAUUAUGUUGUGCAGUAUGUACUAGGACUUAGGAUUCCUCGAGUGACAAAAGAUAUACUGAAUCGACUUUCGGGAAACUUUACUCAACUAUCGAUGAGCAAGUAUGGGAGUAACGUGGUGGAAAAAUGUCUAAAGGAGUCCCCAGAUGAAGAGGCGUCACGCAUAGUACAAGAGUUAUCGAGUGAUCCACAAUGGUUAAUGGUUAUUCAGAAUCCUUUUGGGAACUAUGUUGCUCAGUCUGCUUUGGAGGUCUCUAAGGGAGCUAUUCGCGCUGAAAUGGUUAACUUCAUUAAUCACCAUUACCCGUUCUUGAACAGUCAUCCUCAUGGAAAACGUGUGUUAGCACGUACCAGAGGAAACAAAAACCGUGGAUGAAGCGUAAGAUGUAUCGUAUUUUGUUUGUUUAUCUUUAAUAAUUGAUUAAGAGUGUGUAGUGAGUUAAAUUAAACGGGUUAGGUCUCUAAUUCCGUUGAAUUUGAUGUACCAAACAUGCCUUAACUGUCGUUGUAGACUACUAUUGUUAUGUUUAGGAGAAAAGGAUGUGAGGAUAUUAUUCUGAUUUAGGCUUCUAUAGGACGGUAAUUGUGUAGACAUGUAUUAGCAUAUUGCUAAUUAAAAUGCAUUUUGUUGUUUUGUUA